AUGACCCAGCACCAAAAGAAGGUCGUCAUCAACCAGAUUCCUGUCCCCGAACCCGGCCCCGACGAAUUCCUUGUCAAGAUACGCUCCGCCUCUCUCUGCCAUAGCGACCUCCUCGCCAUCCGUGACGCCCAGGACACCGUGACGCUCGGCCACGAAGGCGUCGGCCACAUUGUGCAGUUCCACGCGUCCGCUGAGAACCAGGGUUUCGCACUCGGCGACGCCGUGGGCUUUCUCUACAUCCGCGGCUGCUGCUUCACAUGCGCCGGCUGUCAGGUGCACAACCUCCACUGCGAGACGGGCAAGCAGCUCCUGCAGGGAUUCGUCGCUGACGGCUUCUUCGCCGAGUACGCCCUCGUCGACCGGCGCAACGCCGUCGUGCUGGACGAGGCGAAGUGGGAUAUGGACGCCGCGAGCGCCGUCUUCUGCGCCGGCAUCACGGCGUUCCACUCUGUCGACAGCUGCGCCCUGCAGCCGGGCGACUGGUUCGGCGUGGUCGGUUGCGGCGGCCUCGGGCAGCUGGCGACGCAGUACGCGAAAGCCAUGGGGCUGCGUGUUGUGGGUAUUGACGUUGCCGAUGCGAACCUCGAGGAGACGAAGAGGCAGGGCGCCGAGGCCGUCUUCAACUCGCGGUCAAACGCAGAUUGGGCGCAAGACGUCAAGACGCUGACGGGGGGAGGUGUUCGUGCUGUUGCCGUGUACACGAAUGCGGCUCCGGCGUUUGCGUCUGCGCCAACGUGCCUGGCGCUCGGGGGCACACUGAUGAUUAUUGGAGUGUCGAAGGAGCCGCUGCAGGUCAAUGUCAUGGAUCUACUGCUGGGUAACUAUCAGAUCAAAGCUGACAGCACCUCUAUUCCACAGAGGAUGGGCAAGGCUGUCAAGUUCACGGAGGAGCAUGGCAUCAUGCCGGUGGUAGAGAUCCGAAAGGGGCUUGAGGAGCUGCCUGCGAUGGUGCAGGACAUGGAGGAGGGCAAGGUGACGAAGCGACAAGGUAUCACAUUCAAAUGA